AUGAGUACAGAGACAUGGUCAGACGGUAUAUUAAAGCGAUUACAAGUUAGAGAUGAAAUAGAAAAGAAAGAUUCGCAAUAUUAUUAUGCAUUUCAACAUUUGGUGGAGAAGCUUCAACUUGAACAACAACAGCAGCAACAUCAACAACAAAAACAAGGUAACAGUGACGAUCAAAUCCAAUCUCCAUUUACCUCUAAAUCGCCAUCUCCCUCAACUGUAUUAAGCAUAGACAAAGGCAAAGCUAAGCCAACCUCCAAAUCGACUAAAUCCAAAACUGCGACAGUAGACAAGACCAAUGACAAUAAUGACGCCACAGCUAUAAUCAUUAAAGAAAAUUAUCAAUUGCGGAGCGAAAAUGAAGAUUUAAUUUCAAACUUGAAUUCAAUCACUUUGAAAAAUGAGAAAUUGGAAGCAAUGAUACGGGAGAAAGAUCGUCGGAUUGGAAAAUUGGAGAAGUUAAGUGAUAAAUUGCAAAACCUUAUUGAUCAUUUAAAUCUUGAAAUGAAGGAAAAGAACAAGACGAUUGAACUAAUUAAUGACGAGAAUUUAACUAAUCAAAUACAAUUGAAUGUGUUGCGUGAUAAGCUUGAUAAAAAGUGA